ACCUCCCAACCAGGGGCGGGCUCUGACCAUUUGGAAACUCGGGCACUGCCCGAGGGCCCGGGGUCAGUAGGAGUCCCCAUGAGAUGCCCCUGGUACCUUUUUCAUAGGCUUUUUUGAGUUUGGGCAAGGACACAGGGGCCCCAUGAUCCCCCAUUGCCCGGGGGCCCCAUGAGUUGUCAGUCCGCCCCUGCUCCCAACUAUCUGAGAUGGUGACAUUUCCUCUCGCUUGCUGUUUUGGCUAUGGGACAGGAAGUGAA